GUAACAUUCUGGUCGGCAGAAGCAGCGGCAGCAACUUCAGCUGCUGCAGGAGCCGGCGUUUCGGUGGCAAGGGACUCAAAAUUAUUACUGUAUUACUGUCACAAAUGCUCAAACUAACUGCGGCGCGAUGCCGGCCGAGCCAGUUGGCCAUCCGCUAUUGUGCAACUAUUUACCAAAGCCAGAGAGACUAUAAACUUGCUGUAGGCUCUAUUCGCAAGGGCCAAGUUGUUCAGCAUAAGGACAAGCCCAUGAAAGUCAUGGCCCGCGAUCAUGUUGCCACCGGUCGGGGCGGUGCGGUUAUCAAGAUGGACUUGCAGGAUAUUCUAUCUGGACAGAAAUUAAAUGAACGUUUCAAGUCCAGCGAUUCGCUAGAAGUCUUGACGUUGGCGGAUGAGUCGUAUCAAUAUCUGUAUAGUGACGCCGGCAAAAUCCACUUGCUCCACGGUGAAACAUAUGAAGAGAUUGAAUUGGACGAAAGUGCUUGCGAAGGAGGUAGCAGAGCAAUUUCCAUGCUGGAGGACGGUAUGCCGAUUGCUGUCAGCUUCUUGACUACACCUCAAACUGGAACGCAGCCCAUCACCUUCAAACUUCCUGCCAAUUACGAGUACACCAUUGAGUCCGUAGUUGAACGAGCUGGACAGGCGGCUAAAGGUACAGUUUACAAGCAAGCUAUGCUGACCAACGGCACCAAGGUGCAAGUGCCUGAAUUUAUUGGGGAAGGCGAAAAGAUCGUUGUAGAUAUUGGCGAGCUUAAAUACAUGAAGAGAGCGUAGAGCAAUGACUCUCAUAAAAAAAAAAUCUUACGUGUAAUUUUUUUUUUCCCGGCAAUUGCUUAAAGCGCGUUGCUGUUAGAAUUCUCUAUACUGGCUGGUAACCUUUUUAACUUAGAAUAAACUACACCAUAAUAUGGCUACCACUCCAUAUCAUGACA